UUUUGGGACAGAGGGACACAGCUUCCACAGCAGCAUCCCCAACAAACGCGGAUUGAUUUUUAGGCAGUCCACCACCCAUAACUGCGCAUAAUAGGGAAACGUCAGCGAGAACCACGCAGUGCCAGGCAGGCGAAACCGAGAACCGGUUAUAGGCUACCGGACUGAAUCUCUCAUUACUCCUCUCCCAGACAGAGCAGGACCGAGUCAGUCUGAUGGUGUCAGUAAGAGCCAAUAAAACGGAUCAAGGAUUCUAUUUCUGAAGCAAAGAACCUUUAAGGAGAGUGUGCCGAAAACCCGUAUGACAUCACUACGUCCAUCCUUUUCUCCACAUUUCGGGACUGUAAAAAGUGCUUAACCCAGGAGAAGGACCACAUAAAGAUAACUUGUAUUUUCAGAAAAAGUACGACGUUUCGGUGAUAUCUUGGAUAAAGUUAUCGACGAUUUAGGUAUGGAAGUCGCAGCCGAUCAAUCACGGUGGAUGGCGCAUCAUCACGCCGUGUUGAAUGGGCAGCACCCGGACUCGCAUCACCACAGCUUGGCCCACAACUACAUGGAGCCCAUGGCGCCGCUUUUGCCCCCAGACGAAGUGGAUGUGUUUUUAAACCACUUGGACUCUCAGGGGAACCCCUACUAUGCCAACUCCCGGGCCAGGGUUACAUACAGCCAGGCACAUGCUCGCCUUGGGAGUCCGGUUUGCCGGCCACACCUCAUCCACAGUCCCGGCAUUCCGUGGCUUGACAGCGGGAAAGCGGCCCUCUCUGCUGCCCACCACCAUAACGCAUGGGCGGUCAGCCACUUCAGCAAGCCAGGAAUGCAUCCUGCUAGCUCCGGCUACCCUUGCAGUAGUAGCUCCAGCACUGCUCCGGUGUCUUCCCUCACCCCUGCGUCACACUGCAGCCCGCACCAUCUCUACAGUUUCCCUCCUACGCCUCCCAAAGACGUGUCCCCGGACCUCGGCCCUACUUCUCCAACCUCCACCUCGACAAGAAUGGACGAAAAGGAGUCCAUCAAAUACCAAGUGUCACUGGCAGAAGGAAUGAAAUUGGAGGGUUGCAGUCCUCUCCGCAACAGCUUGGCUUCGAUGAGUGCCCAAACUCCCGCAACACACCACCCCAUCCCGACCUACCCAUACUCUCUCCCAACACCACACGAAUACGGCGGCAGUCUCUUCCACCCCGGUAGCCUGCUGGGUGGAUCUUCAUCCAGCUUUACGCCGAAGUGUAAAAGCAAAGCCCGGUCGUGCUCAGAAUUCUGCUCAGAGGGGCGCGAGUGUGUCAACUGCGGUGCCACCUCCACCCCGCUGUGGCGGCGGGACGGGACGGGCCACUACCUGUGUAACGCCUGCGGCCUGUACCACAAGAUGAACGGCCAGAACAGACCUCUCAUCAAGCCCAAACGCAGACUGUCCGCUUCGAGACGAGCUGGCACCUGCUGCGCUAACUGUCAGACCACCACCACCACCCUUUGGAGGCGUAACGGCAAUGGCGACCCGGUGUGCAACGCCUGCGGGCUCUACUAUAAACUGCACAACGUCAACAGGCCAAUGACCAUGAAGAAGGAGGGCAUCCAGACACGAAACCGCAAGAUGUCCAGCAAGUCCAAGAGGGGCAAGCGGUCCGGAGAUGGCUACGAUGAGCUGUCCAAAUGCAUGCAUGACAAGUCCUCUCCCUUCGGCGGUGGCCCCGGCCUGGCUGGACACAUGACCCACAUGGGCCACCUUCCCCCCUUCAGCCACUCCGGACACAUGCUGCCCACUCCCACUCCCAUCCACCCUUCGUUCGGCCAUCCUCACCAUCACUCUGGACGGUCGCCGGCCUGGGCUGAGCACUGAAACCUCCUGAAGCCCCUCCAUCACCCCUCCACCAUAUCAUCACCACGACUGCUUCUGUUUCUAGAGGAGGAAUUGGGCUCACUGUCAGUAGGACAUUGUUUUGCCUGGCCUCAUUUAGAGAAUGAUGGAGAGGAGACGUGACUGAAGGGAGAGAGAACGUGAGAGGGCGACGGUGAAGUGGAACGUGGGCGUGUUGAGUUGCUCCCUUUAAGUUGCCUUUUUUUACUGAGUCACUUUGGUACCCCUCCCACCCCAUGAGAGAAAAUAUGUGAGGUAUUAGGAGAACCACUGCUUUCCCCUCCUGAACCUCUGUAGUGUAAUGAGACCAGCCCCCCCCCCCCCCCCUCCCUUCCGCCUCUGUCCUGGCUGUUGUGGACAGACUGUUGACACCGUGGGUAUGAGAGACUUUCUGAACCAGCCUCCCCACACACACACACACACACACACACACACACACACACACACACACACACACACACACACACACACACACACACACACACACACACACACACACACACACACACACACACACACACACACACACACACCACUGACCCCUUACCCCUCACAUGCUGGAAUACACACCACCCACCUGGUCCCCCUGGACUUUAUUGGGAAAAAGAAGCAAGCAAACAGAAAGUUUAUAUAAAGUUAAUAAUUGUUAUUAUUGUUGUUAUAAUUGAUGUUAUACUAGUUGUUAUGAUAAUUUAUUUUCACUCUUUUUGCUUUCUUCAGAACACAAGGAUAUUGUUACGAUUAUAAUUUCAUUGUUAUUAUGUAAAGAAAAGAACACAGACUUAUCUUACACGAGACAUUGUUCCUGAGCUGUACGUUUUUAUCAUUUUUCCAUCUCACAAAAUAAAGGAAAUAAAGUUUAAAUACUAAA